CAUUGAAGUCCUAUGUUCGCAACAAAGCAUUACCAGAAGGUUCAAUUGCAAGGGGUUACUUGGCAGAUGAGUGUUUGACAUUUUGUUCUAGAUAUAUGGAUAAUAUGACGACCAAGUUUAAUCGUCCAUCUCGAAAUGAUGAUGAUGAUGAUAAUGAGGUUUCCAGCACUAGCGAGUUGGAGAUCUUUAGAUCAGCUGGUCGUUCUUUAGGAAAACCCACUCCUCGCCAUCUCAAUUUAGAGGAGUUUGAACGAGUUCACUUAUAUGCCCUCCAUAACUGUGAUGAGCUCUUAGAAUUUGUAAAGGAGCACAAAGAGAUGCUUUCCAUUGUAAACUCAAUCCCUAAAAGCGUAGAGAUGAGACAUAAAACGCAAUUUGCAGAAUGGGUUCGCAGUCGUGUAUGUGACAUAUAACUUUUUUAUAUUGAUACCUUAUAAUACAUUUUUCAUUUAUAUUGGUGUUUUGAUCAUCUUUUUUUAUUAAUAGGUGUCACAUAUGUAUGAAGAAGGAUCUGUUCAUGAGGAUUUAUACUACCUGGUUUGCGGUCCUUUGCGCACAGUAAGGUGUUAUAGUGGCUACAUCGUGAAUGGGUUUAGGUUUCACACUCUAGACCGACAAGAAAACAGGAAAACCCAAAAUAGUGGUGUAAUGGUCCGAGGAGACGAUCACUCAGAUAAAGAGUACUAUGGUGUCCUUAGAGAUAUUUAUGAAUUACAAUAUCCUAAUGGGAAUCAUUUAUUUGCCUUCAAAUGUGAUUGGUAUGAUGUACAACAUCAAGGGAAAGGGUACAGAGUUGAUGAAUAUGGACUGAUUAGUGUGUGCACUGAUCUUGCUUUAGCAACACAUGAGCCUUUUGUAUUAGAGUCACAAGUUGAACAAGUUUUUUAUGUGCCAGAUCCAAGAAACAAAAAGUGGCUUUAUGUUAUAAAGACAGAGCCUCGAGACUUGUAUAAUAUGCCUGAG